CGAGAUCAGGUAAUGGCGUCUUACAUUAUAGGAGGUGUCCUGUAAUUAUUAAUAUACAAGGGGAGCAGCCUGUGGUGUCCUAAUACAGGAUUCAACUAUAGUGAAGAAGACAUCCGGUGAGUGUGAGACACCAGUAGCCACCCCUGUGUGUCAGGAGGACUGAGCAGGACCCAGAGACCCAUCACGGUGCCUCCACCUCACUCACUAAUACAUGAGAGAUACAAUGACCAGAAGAUCCUGGACCUCAGCAGCAAGAUCAUUAAGCUAUUAACUGGAGAGGAGGGGGAGUAUAUAGAGGAACACAGGGGUCUGUACAAGGACGUGAUGAUGGAGAAUCACCGGCCCCUCACAUCACUGGAUGGGCCCAGUAACAGAGAUACCCCAGAGAGAUGUCCCCGUCCUCUGUAUUCCCAGGACUGUACAGAGGAGAAUCACAGGACCCCACAGGAGGAUCAGGGUGAUGUCCAGGCUACGAUUAAAGUAGAAAAUACGGAGGGAGAAGAAGAGACGUAUGUGGCUGAUAUGAAGGCAGAAGAUAUAGAGGGAGAAGAAGAGACGUAUGUGGCUGAUAUGAAGGCAGAAGAUAUAGAGGGAGAAGAAGAGACGUAUGUGACUGAUAUGAAGGCAGAAGAUAUAGAGGGAGAAGAAGAGACGUAUGUGAUGGGUGAUCAGCAGUGUAAGGAGGAGGAAAUCCCUACAGAUAUCAGCACAGAUGGAAGCAAAAUCGGGAAUACUUCGGAAGGAUGUCUCAUUUUGUCUCCAGAAUUUAAGAUGGAAUGUAACAACUUUGCAUCAAAUUCUCCCAGAGAAAACACCAAUAACCUAAAUAUACAUCUUGUACUUCACAGUGCAGAUAUAUUAUCUAAUCCCUUUACCCAUGAGGAUUGCUCUCCUAAUGAUUCAUAUAUUACUACACACAAAAAAGCUAUUGGUGAAAGUACGUUUUCCUGUUCUGUAUAUGGGAAAAGUUUUACAUGUAAAUCAGCUGUUGUAAGACAUCACAGGACACACACAGGUGAGAAACCGUUUCCAUGCUCUGAGUGUGGAAAAUGUUUUACACAGAAAUCAGAACUUGUUAGACAUCAGAGAAGUCACACAGGUGAGAGACCAUUUCCAUGUUCUGAGUGUGGGAAAUGUUUUACACAGAAAUCACAUCUUGUUAAACAUCAGAGAAUUCACGCAGAUGAGAUGCCAUUUCCAUGUUCUGAGUGUGGAAAAUGUUUUACACAGAAAUCAGAACUUGUUAGACAUCAGAGAAGUCACACAGGUGAGAGACCAUUUCCAUGUUCUGAGUGUGGGAAAUGUUUUACACAGAAAUCACAUCUUGUUAAACAUCAGAGAAUUCACGCAGAUGAGAUGUCAUUUCCAUGUUCUGAGUGUGGGAAAUGUUUUAAACGUAAAUCAGAACUUGUUAGACAUCAGAGAAUACACACAGGUGAGAAACUAUUUACAUGUUUGGAGUGUGGGAAAUGUGUUACAUGUAAAUCAGAACUUGUUAGACAUCAGAGAAUACACACAGGUGAGAAACCAUUUCCAUGUUUGGAGUGUGGGAAAUGUUUUACAUUGAAAUCAGGUCUUGUUCCACAUCAGAGACUUCACACAGGUGAGAAACCAUUUCCAUGUUCUGAGUGUGGAAAAUGUUUUACACAGAAAUCACAUCUUGUUCAACAUCAGAGAAUUCACGCAGAUGAGAUGUCAUUGCCAUGUUCUGAGUGUGGGGAAUGUUUUACACAUAAAUCAGAACUUGUUAGACAUCAGAGAAUACACAGAGGUGAGAAACCAUUUCCAUGUUUGGAGUGUGGGAAAUGUUUUAAACAGAAAUCAGCUCUUGUUCCACAUCAGAGACUUCACACAGGUGAGAAACCAUUUCCAUGUUCUGAGUGUGGGAAAUGUUUUACACAUAAAUCAGAUCUUGUUAAACAUCAGAGAACUCACACAGGUGAGAAACCGUUUCUGUGUUCUGAGUGUGGGAAAUGUUUUGCAUUGAAAUCGGGUCUUGUUAAACAUCAGAGAACUCAUGCAGAUCAGAAACCAUUUCCAUGUUCUGAGUGUGGGAAAUGUUUUACACAGAAAUCAGAUCUUGUUACACAUCAGAGAACUCACACAGGCGAGAAACCAUAUCCAUGUUCUGAGUGUGGGAAAUGUUUUGCAGUGAAAUCAAAUCUUGUUACACAUCAAAGAACUCACACAGGUGAGAAACCGUUUCUGUGUUCUGAGUGUGGGAAAUGUUUUGCAUUGAAAUCACAUCUUGUUAAACAUCAGCACUAACGCAGAUCAGAAACCAUUUCCAUGUUCUGAGUGUGGGAAAUGUUUUACACGGAAAUCAUCUCUUGUUGACCAUUGGAGAAUUCAUGCACAGUAAAAGUAAUUUGGAAGUAGAAAUUCCAUAUGGGCAUUUUCAAAUAGCCUCAAAGAAGGUUGUGCAAAUUUUUACCGGGUUAAAGCUUGUGACCAAGACUUACUGUUAUUGACUUACAAAUCCAUGUUAACACAGGUUUUGAUGGGACAAAUUAUGAAUUUUAGUUUUUAACAGAGUAGUUGAUAAAUGAUAAUUAGGAAAAAUAAGAUUUUACUCACCGGUAAAUCUAUUUCUCGUAGUUCGUAGUGGAUGCUGGGGACUCCGUAAGGACCAUGGGAAUAGACUGGCUC